AUGUGUAAUGUGUGUACUCGCGAAGCGCCCAUCGCGGCGCCGGUUAAACAGAACCAGCCCAACAAGACCCUGGAGAGAAUGAAGAAGAAGCACAAUAUCGUCACCGACCCUGGUGAUGAGGAGAAACAAAAGGAGGUGGCCUAUCAGCCCGAUUUGCUGGCCGUCUCCACGCAGUUCACGAAAAUCGCUUACGAUGCCUUCAAAGAGGUGAUGGCGCGAUUGCAAGAAACCAAGGCAUAUGCGAUCGCAACGAAAACAACGCAGCCGUUCCACGUGGCUUUAGCCAUCUUAGUCGUCGGUGCUUGGCUGAGCCAGCCGGGAUCCAAUAGCAAUCUUCGUGGUUGGAAGGCAUUGUAUGUAGCAGCAGUUGCCACGCACCUGGGUGCACAAAUUUGGAUGACUUUGGUUUCCGGAAUCGUGCUAUACUUCUCUCUUCCUCGCCACGAGUUCGGUCGCGUCCAGACAAUUUUGUUCCCGGUCUACUAUGCCUUCAAUGCCGGAGUUAGCCUGUUAGCAAUACUCGCCUAUUUCCGGACACAAUGUCUUACUCAAUUCGUUAAUACGUCCUGGAUACAGCUAGCAUUAUUGCUAGUAGUGUUCAGUAUCGAAGCGUACGUCCGCUUUCGCCUAGUUGCCCCAAUGUUGCGCGCGAAGCAUGUCAAAACCCAGAUGGAGGAAGCUGCGGGUGGCGGUCAAGAGAUCGGCCGUCUUGUACUCGGCGAGCUGGCCCACUGUCCCCGAUACAUUCGCGUCCUGAAGACUUUCAGAGGCUACCACUCCACCAUUGCCAUGGGCACCAUGAUCACACUCGGUUGCUCCUUCUACUCAACCAUGAUCAUAGUUGACUCUAUGUGUUAUUAA